GCCGUCGUUGCGGCUCCGGUCUCUUUCUCUCCAAAUUGAGCUUUCAUGAGAUCUCACAUCUGCCGAUGGCCAGCCAUCACCCGAAUCUUCUCCACAUCCGCAUCCCCACAGGCUUCCAUUAAGGCCCUGGCGAUACCCCAGGACAUCCAAUCCCUCGCAUCCGCCGGCCGGCUCAAGGACGCCAUCCGAUCCCUCAUCCUCCGCCGCCACCUCGGCCGCCCGGUCUAUCCGGAGUGCUUCGUCUCCAUCCUCCGACGCUGCGCUGACGCCGAUUCCCUACUCAUCGGGCGGCAGCUCCACGCCCAUAUGGUCGUCACCUGCUUCGAUCAGGACCCCUUCGUCUGCAACCAUCUCAUCAAUGUGUACGGUAAGUGCGGCUCCUUGGGCGACUCCCGUUGGGUUUUCAGAAGGUUGGGGAAGAAAAAGUUGCAUUCUUGGAACAUUCUGAUCGCUGGGUACUGCAAGUUUGGCUUUUUAAGUGAAGGUAGACGCUUGUUUGAUGAAAUGCCCAAGCGGGAUGCGGUUUCGUGGAAUACGAUGCUCGCAGCAUAUGAUCAUUGGGGACCAUGCGAGGAGGCACUGAAGUUGUUUGUUUUGAUGACACAUUCUGAUGGCGAUAUCGAUCGUUGUGGGCUUUCCAGUGUGAUUAGUGCCUGUGCCAAUCUUAGAUUUAUACAGAAUGGAGAGGCACUUCAUGGGUUUUCUGUAAAGCUUGGACUUGAUUCGCAUGUUCAAGUGGGUAGUGCUGUGGUUGGAUGCUAUUCAAAAUGUGAACAGUUUGAUGAUGCUGCUAGAUUUUUUUAUCAAAUGGAUGUUAAAGAGCUCUUUACUUGGAACACAAUGCUUGAUGGUUAUAUACAGUGUUCAAAGAUUAGUGACGCAAUUAAUUUCUUCAACAAUAUGCCGGAAAAGAAUGUCAUCUCUUGGACUACCAUUGUGGCUGGAUGUUCACGACAUGGUAGAAAUGAGAAGGCAAUUGAUUUCUACAAUAAAAUGCUUACAAAUGGUUUGAUGCCUGAUUGGAUGUGCUUUGUUAGUGUUUUAGAUGCAUGUACAGGGUUGUUGGAUCUUAGAAAAGGAUCGAAGAUUCAUGCUAGUAUUCUUAGAAGUGGCCUUGGAGCAGACAGAAUUGUUGGAAGUGCCUUAGUGGCCCUCUACGCAAAAUGUGGGUGCUUUAUUGAUGCACAAAAUGUAUGUCAUGAUUUAGCUGUUGUUGAUGACUUCUCACGGAGCGUACUAAUAGCUGAAUAUGUUAAACAUGGAUUGUUUGAUAGUGCACACAAAUUGUUUGAAAGCUUGACCGUGAAAAGUGUCGCACUAUGGAAUGCAUUGAUUGGAGGUUAUGCUGCAGCAGGUUUGUUUGGAGAGGCUUCUGCAACCUUUAAAAGAAUGCAGAUGGAUGGUAAGUACGGUGAUGAUUACACCUUUGGAAGCCUCCUCACCAGUGGUGUGCAUCUGGAAUUAAGUUUUGGUGAACAACUUCACUCACUGAUAGUGAAGUUGGGAGUUGAUUCAUCUCUUUUUGUAGCUGGUGCUCUCAUUACCAUGUACAGCAGCAAUUUAAAUUGUCAAGCUGCGGUAAGAAUAUUUGGGUCCGUCAAGCAUCCAAACCAUAUUAUAUGGACUUCCAUGAUUUCUGGGCUUGCAUCAAAUAAUUUGAUUAAUGAGGCCAUCCAUAUGUUUUCUGUCAUGACUGCUUCGGGUAUAGUGCCAGAUAAUGUUUCAUUAUCAAUUGUUAUUGAUUCAUGUUCAAGUUUAUUAAAUCUGCAUGUCGGAACACAACUUCACGCCUUUGCGUACAAGUUAGGUUUUGAAUCAGAUGUUGUAGUUGGAACUGCUCUCAUAGAUAUGUAUGGGAAAUGCUGGAACAUUGAUCCUGCAUCACGUGCAUUUGUUGAUAUAAACAUGCACAAUAUUUUUAGCUGGACUGCACUAGUAAGUGGGUACAUGAGAUUGGGAAUGCAUGAAACUGCGAAGAAGCUUUUUGAGAUGAUGCCUCAGCACAACAUUGUUUCAUGGAAUAUAAUGCUUUCUGGAUAUGCAAAACAUGGUUUUUCAUCAGAAGUAUUACAAUUAUACAGUCAAAUGUCUAGAUCAGGCCUAUUGCCAGAUCUGAGAAUUUUUGCCUCUCUUUUAGCAGUUUGCAUCGAGUCUAAGUUGGUGGAAAAUGGAAAGCAAGUUCAUGCCCAAAUUAUAAAGAACGGCAAUCAUGUGAAGGCACAAAUUGAUUUAUAUUUGACGCAUAUGUACCAGAAAUUUGGAGAAUUAGGGAGUGAAAAUGAGUUCACUUCUAGCUCCUUUGAUUCAAUUGUCACAGAUGCUGUGGAUGGAUCAAAACCAGAUACCAUAUCAAAGAAUAUUCAACUUUUAGCAUCUGCCUACUGGAACUACUUUAGUAGAAUGAAUGGCCAAAACAGAGCAGAUUGAUGGAAUCAUUGUCUAGCAAAAGUUCAUCACAUUUGGCAUUUUGCCAUGACUUCUGCACUGAAAUUUGACUCUGAUGGAGGAUUAGUGCUUGUGCGACAAUAACAUUAAUCCAUUUCAAACGUACAGGUUAGUCUUCUGGUUUUGUUUAUUGCAAAACAUGAAAUUGAAAAUUUGCUGUCUGUACUUUUAGAUUGAGAAUUUAACUAAGGGCUAAGAAUUUGCAACAUAUGACGCACAAAUUUUAGAGCAAAUGCAAUUUGAAAAUGCUUAGGCAAUGUGUAUUUUUAUGCCAACUUACCACUAUAUCUCAACAUGCUGACUAUCUCAGUGCACUAGCUUUUCGUAAUAAUGUUGCUAUACUUCUGAUUCAGAACGUCUAUUGACACCCAAGUUUUAUUGGCAUCAUUUUAAUUUUACCAAUGCUUUCAAUCAGCAAUAUCUGAAUGUAUAAUUAUUUGUGCUGAGAUUUGUGAUUCUUUUCCUUUUUUAAUCAAAAUUAUUUCAAAUCACAUGGUAGUAGGCUGCCAGUACUCAAACUACAGUAGAAUUGGAAAUUUAUUUGUUUUUUUUUAAAAAAAAUUGAUCUUUAAGUAUCAUUCACUCUUUCAACCAUACUUUUUAUGCUCAUCUUUGGCUUGGUUUCUAUUUUAAGUGAAGUUGUUGCUAUUCGUAUUAAAACCACAUUAUCAUUUUUAAAAUCAUUUUUCAUGUGACAAACAAACAUUUUAUUACUUUCAAAUUUAGCAGCAUGGAUUUUGGGUAUGCUUGCGAGGUUCUUAUCCACAGGUUGUUGUGCAAUGCUGCAUCCAUGAUUCCUUAGCAAGAAUAGUUUAAAGGUAGAUGUUUAGAAAUUUGCAAGGACAAGUUUAGAGGGAGGUGAGGGACUAUGAUGCAUGAUAGUUUAAGGGUGUACUGUGGAUCCCAAAGUAUUGAAAUAUUUGGUGUAAACCAUAUGUUGGUCAUGAAAGUAAUAUGGAUUUGGUACUUUGGUUUGUGCCAGAUAUUGGUUGACAAACUGACUGUUAAUAUCUUUUAUUUAACGACAUGUGUGUUGAUUUGUUGUAGUAUCAAUUAACAGCUAGGAGGUGGUAGAGGGAGAAGAGGACUAUGACAGUGACUUAAUCCAUGACAUGAUCCAUCUUCCCCCAGGAUCAACUUCAAGAUAUGUUGAAUUUCCAUCCAACUAGGCAAUUUGAUUGUUUCUUGUCACUGGGCAUGCUGAAAGUUAAUCCUGAUACCGCAACCUUUUUCAUAAAGCUUCGCUGUUCGCAGAAGAAUAUGCUCAGAUGCAUUACUCUGAUUGUGCAAUACUGUGUUGAACUUGGGUUCUGCUCGGGAUGUAUGCCAUCUGUGUUUUGUAGCAGCUUAACAUCAAGGAUACAUUAUCGUAUUGGAAGGCCUCAUGGUUUAUCAACCAAAAAAGGCCUUAUGGCUCAAAUAGUCUCUUCUAGCAUGAUAUGACAACUUCAUUAAAGAUAUUUGAAGUUCGGUAUGAUUUAAAGUUCAGGUUUGUAGAAAAAAAAGGUGAGAUAGAGCCAUAAAAUGCUCGUUUGAGCACUUACUAGUGAAACUAUCGCCGGGGCUAUGGUGGGAAGGGCGUUCAGUUGUCAUCCAGACACUCACGGUUCGAUUCUCAGCUAUGGUGCAUUUGUAGAAAUUUUUCCUCCAAAUGGGGCUCACAACCAAGGGAUGUUAAGCUUCUGGGCCGUCCGCCACAAGCGUUUUCUCAUUAUCCUGGCAAUCGGUGGGAAAAUUCCGUGGGACCGGGCCGAUCGCCCCAGGUUCAACGAUAUCUGACAUGGUUAAUCAUUUUUUUUUUAUCGAUACUCCACAACAGCUCCUUGUUUGGAUCCAUGAUUGAGAAUUUUUUAAAUUUGUUGCUGAAACUAUAGGACCUUCUUCCGUAUCACUGAAUAUGGAGUUGACAUAUGAUGCAAUUUUGUUCCUUCCCGGUUGUUACACUGCUUCUCGUAUUCUUCUCCGAAAUCAGAAGAUGAAUUCAGUCAUAGCACUGCGUCAGGGGAUUUGUUUUCGCCACAGGUUUGUAGAACUUUAUCAAACCAUGAAUUUGAAGUUCUUUGGGGUUUUAUUAUUAGUGGAAAGUGAAAUUUCAUGCUACAAUUUGGGGUUUGAUCUAACUGUUUGGUUAUAUUACUGCCUGACGUUUCGUCAA